AGUUAUAUUAUAUUUGUGUCAUUUUCUUGUAGCUGGAAAGAAAGCAACCGGAAAAAAAAAAAAAAAAACAGAGGAAAGAGAAAUUUGGAAAUGGAGGAAAAGCAAGAGAGGAGGAGAAGGAUAGUGUUGAUUCCAGCUCCAGCACAAGGACACAUAUCUCCAAUGAUGCAACUCGCGAGAGCCCUUCACUUAAAGGGUUUCUCCAUUACAGUUGCUCAGACCAAGUUCAAUUACUUGAAGCCUUCAAAAGACUUAGCUGAUUUUCAGUUCAUCACCAUCCCAGAGAGCUUACCAGCCUCGGAUCUGAAGGAUCUAGGGCCAGUUUGGUUUCUCAUUAAACUCAACAAAGAGUGUGAGGUUAGCUUCAAGAAGUGUUUGGGUCAAUUUUUGGCGCAACAACAAGAAGAGAUCGCAUGUGUCAUCUACGACGAGUUCAUGUACUUUGCUGAAGCUGCAGCCAAAGAGUUUAACCUUCCCAAAAUUAUUUUCAGUACCGAAAAUGCAACGGCUUUUGCUUGUCGCUAUGCCAUGUGCAAACUCUAUGCAAAAGAUGGCUUGGCUCCCCUCAAAGAAGGAUGUGGGCGAGAAGAGGAGCUAGUGCCAGAGUUGCAUCCCCUUAGAUACAAAGACCUACCGACUUCAGCAUUUGCACCAGUAGAAGCCUCAGUGGAAGUGUUUAAAAGUUCAUGUGAUAUAGGCACAGCUUCCUCUAUGAUAAUCAACACAGUGAGUUGUCUAGAGAUUUCAUCCUUGGACUGGCUUCAACAAGAACUUAAAAUUCCGAUAUAUCCUAUAGGCCCUCUUCAUAUGAUGGCUUCAGCUCCUCCUACAAGUCUAAUAGAAGAGGAUGAGAGCUGCAUAGAUUGGCUGAACAAACAAAAGCCGAGCUCGGUGAUUUACAUAAGUUUGGGAAGCUUUACUUUGAUGGAAACUAAAGAAGUGUUGGAAAUGGCUUCGGGGUUGGUUAGUAGUAACCAACACUUCUUGUGGGUGAUUAGACCCGGGUCCAUCCUUGGUUCUGAAUUUUCUAAUGAGGAGUUAUUUAGUAAGAUGGAAAUAUCUGAUCGAGGCUACAUUGUGAAAUGGGCUCCACAAAAGCAAGUUCUUGCACAUUCUGCGGUUGGAGCAUUUUGGAGUCAUUGUGGAUGGAACUCGACUCUAGAGAGCAUGGGUGAAGGAGUUCCGAUGAUUUGUAGGCCUUUUACUACUGACCAAAAGGUAAAUGCGAGGUACGUGGAGUGUGUCUGGAGAGUUGGGGUUCAAGUGGAGGGUGAACUAAAGAAAGGAGUAGUCGAGAGAGCUGCGAAAAGGUUAAUGGUGGAUGAAGAAGGAGAGGAGAUGAAGAUGAGAGCUCUCAGUUUGAAAGAGAAACUCAAAUGCUCUGUACUACCUGAAGGUUCUUCACACGAUUCACUGGAUGACUUAAUCAAGACUCUAUGAACAUUUACAAAUAAAAUUUGUAUAUUUAGUCAUUUCACUUCUAGACAUAUCUAUGGUUUGGUUUUGCAUAAUUUAAGUUUAAAUUAUAAAUAAAAGUGAUGAACUUUUCAUAAU